AUGUCAAAGCCAACCGAAGUCGAAACCUCAUCCGUUGACACCCCGACAACAGAUUAUGAUUCAUCGUCAUCCAUCACGUCGCACUCAUGGGAAGCUGAGGCCAUCGUCGAACCACACCAAGGAUACAAAAAAGUUCUUGUGACUGGAGGUGCUGGAUUCAUUGGAAGCAGUGUUGCUGAGUUCCUCCUCAAACGAGGCGAUGAUGUUGUCAUUGUCGAUGAAAUGAAUGACUACUAUGAUGUAUCAUUCAAAGAGGCCAACCUCAAGCUCUUGCUGGACAAAUUUGGAUCCAAGAGGGUUUCCAUUUACAAGGGUGACAUCUGUGAUGCUACCCUCAUGACUGAUGUGUUUGAGACUCACAGACCUGAGUGGGUGUGCCACAUGGCUGCCAGAGCUGGUGUCAGGCCUUCCAUCAAUGAUCCCUACAUCUACAUUCACUCCAACAUUGAGGGAACAACAAGGUUGAUGGAGUUGAGCCACAGGUUUGGAGUCAAGAACUUUGUGUUUGCCUCGUCCUCUUCCGUGUAUGGUGGCUCCAAGAGCACCUUCUUCUCUGAGGAUGAAGUGGUGGACAACCCAGUCAGUCCCUAUGCAGCAAGCAAGAAGGCCUGUGAGCUGUUGGCAUACACCUACCAUCACUUGUACAAACUCAAUGUGACUGGUCUCAGGUUCUUCACUGUGUAUGGCCCACGAGGUCGCCCGGACAUGGCUCCCUUCAAGUUUAUUGACAGGGUCUGCCGUGGUGUGGAGUUGCAGCAGUUUGGAGAUGGCUCCUCUUCCAGGGACUAUACCUACAUUUCCGAUAUUGUGGAUGGCGUUGUUCGGGCAUUGGAUCGUCCACACCCCUACCAAAUCUUCAACCUUGGUAAAGGGUCUGGCACCUCCUUGAAGGAGUUCAUUGAUUUGGUUCAGAAACACACUGGCAAGAAGGCCUUGAUCAAGGUAUUGCCAGACCAGCCAGGAGAUGUGCCCUACACUUGUGCUGAUGUGAGCAAGGCAGAGAGGAUGCUAGGAUACAGGUCAAGUGUGCCCUUUGAAGAGGGAAUCAGGCGCACUGCUGAGUGGUACAAGGAGGCAUUUUCUCACAAUGAUAUCAAGGUUUGCCCCGAGACACAGGCGAAUGGAUUGGGCAGAUCACCAUCAUUUGUUCAAAUUGUGGCCCCUGAGAUUAUGCAGUCUUAA